UGCGCAAGUCGCAGAUGGUUCGGCCAUCUAAAGCGAACCGUCCGUGCUCAUGUAGAGAGUACAUAUGUCAUUGCUUUCUGUGAGCGGGAUCAAGGUGCGGUAGGCUAGGUGAUUGGCCCAAAUUAAAAGAAUACCAACCGUGGCAUAUUGUCUCGACAUUGACAAUGUCUUAUAUAUGGUUGCGUGACUGCCCUAAAUCAUACUGUGGUGCCGGUGCUCUCACACAGAGAGAUGGACUCCACGGCCAGUCAUGAGUGGCUGGCAGAACUGGUCGGGGAGCUCGACUCCAUCGACGCAAUGACCAUGGAGCAGCUCGCCAAAUCCCUCGCCGACGAGCUCUGGGAUCAGCCUGCUACUACUACUCAUCAUCAAGAACAGCAGCAAGUAGAAUUGUCGGAUCAGCGGCAGCAACUCACGAAGACGACAGGAUUCCCCUUUCUCGGAGACAUGAGCCGCAGAUCGUACGCCGAGGCUGACGAGGGCUUCCUCCCGACGACGGCGGCCAUCAGCGCAGGCGGCAACGACAGCUUGUUCUCCUUCACCGGCGGCAAGUCGAAGCAGCUGAGCUUCGCUUCUCGAGAGCCGAAGCACGAAAGCAACGGCGGCGGCACAACUGCAGCUGGGACACCGAUGGAGAGCAGUAAAGGAGGGCGGAGGGCGAGCUCCGGCGUGCAUGAGCACAUCGUCGCCGAGAGGAUGCGCCGGCAGAAGAUGAAUCACCAGUUCGCGGCUCUUGCGUCCAUGAUCCCCGACAUAACCAAGACAGACAAGGUGUCUCUCCUGGGGAGCACUAUUGAGUACGUGCAGCACCUCAGGGGCAGGCUCAAGGCCCUGCAGGAGGAGCGCCGCCAGAGUAGCAGCAGCACGGGCAGCGCGGCGGAGUCGUCCCCGCCGUUGGACGCCCGGUGCUGCGUCGGCUCGCCGGACGACGGCGGCGGUGUGAUCCCCACGGUCGAAGCGGACGUCCGGGGGACGACCGUUCUGCUGAGGGUGGUGUGCCGGGAGAAGAAGGGGGCGCUCAUCACGGUGCUCAAGGAGCUGGAGAAGCACGGCCUCUCCGUCGUCAACACCAACGUCUUGCCGCUCGCCGGGUCCUCGUUAAACAUCACCAUAACGGCGCGGAUUGAAGACGGAUUCUCCACCGCAAUUGAACUUGUGAAUGCUCUGAAUGCUGCAUUGAAAAAAAAUUAGCUUCCGAUCGAUCGAUUUCAGUUGGAUUAUUAUAUUCGCAAUAAUGCAAGCUGUUGUUAUAUGUACGUACAAAUGGAGAUCUAAGUGGCACUAAUCAUCAGCUGGGGAUCAUUAGCUUCCGAUCGAUCGAUUUCAGUUGGAUUAUUACUCAAGCUGGAUAUCUAAGUUGGAUUUUAAGGGGAAUUCGAUGCUCCUUAUCAUUGUCGUUGUAGCGAAAUAGAGUAAUUAUUAUAUUGGAUGCUGGCAUGCGCAGCUCUAGUUUUUUGCAAUUUUAUCAUCAUAUUGCAUGGUCUUUAAUUGUUCAUACCGCAGUUCAUUUACUUGUAACAUUAAUUGUUUCCAAGACGAAUAUAUCAAAAUACUUGUUUUGCAUGAUAAA